AUGAAAAAAUCGCGAUCAUCAACAGCUCCAAUCAAAUCAGUUAGAAAUGUUGGCGCUGUUGAUAUACCAGAGCUACCACUUAAUGGAAAAACAGCAAUAAAAUCCACAAGAAGGCAAAAAGGAAUCGUUAAUUCACAAAGAUCAGAAAAAACACCUAAAAAGACAAAAUUUGAUUAUCACACAAUCAAUUCUAGAAUAGGAACAAUCAAAAUACCCAAUGUUGCACAAGAAAAAAAAGUCAUCGAAAAAAGAGAACCUCAAUCUGUUGAAUAUAUGUCAGAAAUAGAGGAAGAGGAAGAUUUCCCAGACGAAGUGUCUAUCUUUGCAACACUUUCUCUCUUAAAAACAAUGGAACCUGAAGUUAUAAUGCAAUGUUUAAGCUCAAUUCCGAUUUUUUUGCGUACAUUAGAGAUGGAUGGUAAACUAGAUGAAUCAAUUAUCUCAUCUGUUAGCUUGAUACUUGAAUCCUCAGAACUUACAACUUUUGUAAACAAUUUAGUAAUAGAAACAAACGUGUUUCAAGCAAUUUCUCAAUGUGAAACAAUUCAAGACAUCGAAGCUACUAUCCCUAAAGUAAUACCAAUUCUCAAAUGCAUAGUUUGGGAAAAAACGUACAAUUCAAAUUACUUUUUCUCUCAGACUUUAUCGGAAUUGCUACCUAUAGAGCAAUCGAUCAUCGGACACUGCUUCAAAAUCAAUGAUGACAUUGUUACAUCUGAUCCAGGAGAUCAUCCAAAUUUCAGUGUUGACAGAGAUUUGCCAAUAAUGCGUGGAAUCGAGUCCAUGAUACUUCUACCAGUCAAAGAUGUCAAUGAUGACAUUGUUUGUGUAAUACAAUGCGGAGGAUUAUAUGAUCAGAAAAAUAAUCAGGUUCCAUUCAAUAAUUACUACACAGAAACUCUUAAAAUUGCAAGGACAAUUGUUCAGAAACGUAUUUUUGCUAAAUUUAAAUCAAGAAUAAUUCCAUCGAAUAUUUCAGGGGCAUUUACGGAAUUAGACUUUUCCACUAUACAAUAUACUCUAAAUAAAAUUACUUCGUACAUCCAGAAAAUCGUUCCCUGCGAAUCUUGCGAAAUUUAUUUAUUCGAUGAUCGCUACAAGAAAAUGACUCGCCUUAAUGAUGGCAAAGAGUUUGAUAGUCAGACAGGCGGCAUUGCAUUUCAGGCGGGUUUAACUCAAGAUUUGCUCAAUAUUCCUCAUGGUCAACAUAAUCCUUCGUAUAACCAAGAUAUUGAUGGAAGAUUCGUUAAUAAAUCGAUCAUAGCAAAGUCGUUCUUCAUCACAAGAGGCCAUUAUAUUGUUGCUUUUAGGGCAAAACUUAAAAUGCCGAUAUUCUCAAACGAAGAUGCUGAUUUCAUGCAAUCUGCAGCACCAAUUAUAUUUGAUGCAAUCAAAGUAUCAACAUAUGUUCAAAAAGAGUCAGAUGAUGCCAAAUCUAAAAUGAAAUCUACAAACAUCAUUCAUGCAACGUAUAGCGCACUUUCUGUUGUUGCCCGUGAUGGUGUAGAUCCAUGGAUUGCUGCUCGCCAAGCUGCAAACGCUUUCUUUGGAACAUCCAAAUUCUUUAUUGCUAUUUUUGAUGGAAGAUCAAUGAAUUUCCUUCCUACAGCAGUUAAAUGGCCUUUUGAUGAAUGUGUCUCUGGAAUUGCAUAUAAUUAUCGUGAAAUUACUCGUGGAAAGCAAGGAGGAGAGAAUUUUCCGGAAAAAUUGUAUUCUGAUCUAGGAGUAAAUGCGCAUAACUCAAUUGCAUUUCCUUUCCGCAGAAAUGCUAAGAUUGCAGGUUCAAUUGAAGUUAUAGAUCCAAUUGUUCCUGACAUUGAUGAAGAAAGUACACAUCUUUUUGGUUGCUUAAUUGCAAACAUAUUUGAUAAAGUACUUUCAAAGCGGAAUUCUAUUGUUUGA